CACCAGACUGAAGGUGAACGCAAUCGAUCUCAAUGUUCGUACCAGAAUUGGUACAUUCAUAAAGUGAAGUGCUCAUGUACAUGACAACAAAAGUUCAAUCAGAUGGAAGCUAAAGGCAUCCCAACACACCCAUUCGACACCAACACCUGCAAUAAAUCAAAUCUUAAUUGCUCCUAUUCGGCAUCAACCACUUCAAACAAUCAAGAAUGGAUACCCCCAUUCCGUUUCCUCGAUCAGCCUCGAGAGGUCCGAGACAUGGUCUACAACUCCUCUUUGUCAUGCCCUCGGGAAUCUCUCCAGACUGUCAGUCCCACGGCCGAACAACAGCGACUCAUUAACGGUGGUGCCACUGAGCUACCUAACACUAUCACCAACAUCCCACAGUGAAGCAACAUUCAGCACCGCAUCCACCACCGCGCUGGAAUCGUUGAGACUGUCAACAUCCAAGAUAUUCUCACCAGAGUCUUCAUCGAAAUCAA